GGUGUCUGAGCCACCACUGGGGCCGGCAAAGCAGGGCCUGUGAUGGCCAAUGUCCCUUCCUCUUCUCUCUCCAGUUACAUCCGCUGUUACUACUGGGCCGUGAAGACCCUCAUCACCAUUGGUGGGCUGCCCGACCCUGAGACGCUCUUUGAAAUUGUCUUCCAGUUGCUGAACUAUUUCACGGGCGUCUUCGCUUUCUCUGUGAUGAUCGGACAGAUGAGAGACGUGGUGGGGGCUGCCACCGCCGGGCAGACCUACUAUCGCAGCUGCAUGGAUAGCACCGUGAAGUACAUGAACUUCUACAAGAUCCCGAGGUCCGUGCAGAACCGUGUUAAGACCUGGUACGAGUACACCUGGCACUCGCAAGGCAUGCUGGAUGAGUCAGAGCUGAUGGUGCAACUUCCAGACAAGAUGCGGCUGGACCUCGCCAUUGAUGUGAACUAUGACAUUGUCAGCAAAGUGGCACUCUUUCAGGGCUGUGACCGGCAGAUGAUCUUCGACAUGCUGAAGAGGCUUCGCUCUGUGGUCUACCUGCCCAAUGACUAUGUGUGCAAGAAGGGGGAGAUUGGCCGUGAGAUGUACAUCAUCCAGGCAGGGCAGGUGCAGGUGCUGGGUGGCCCUGACGGGAAGUCUGUGCUGGUGAUGCUGAAAGCUGGAUCUGUGUUUGGAGAAAUAAGCUUGCUGGCUGUGGGGGGUGGGAACCGGCGCACAGCCAACGUGGUGGCCCACGGCUUCACCAACCUCUUCAUUCUGGAUAAGAAGGACCUCAAUGAAAUUCUGGUGCAUUACCCCGAAUCUCAGAAGUUGCUCCGGAAGAAGGCCAGGCGCAUGCUGAGGAAUAACACCAAGCCCAAGGAACAGAAGAGCAUACUUAUCCUGCCUCCCCGGGCGGGCACCCCCAAGCUCUUCAACGCGGCCCUCGCUGCAGCAGGAAAGAUGGGCGGCAAGGGGGCGAAGGGCGGCAAGCUGGCCCACCUCCGAGCUCGCCUCAAAGAACUGGCUGCGCUGGAGGCAGCGGCGAGGCAGCAAGAGCUGCUGGAACAGGCCAAGAAAUCUCAAGACGCCGGGGGAGAAGAAGGCUCAGCUGCCCCAGACCAGUCCGCAGCCCCGGCAGAAGCCACUCCUGACCAGCCCGCACCUCCAAAGUCCGGAGAUCCCCCAGAACCGCCGGGACCCCCGGCCCAGCGCUCUGCGUCAUCUGUCUCCCCCGGGAGGCCCGAAGCUAGCGGGGAGGAGGCGGCCAAGCUGGAGGAGCACCCGGUGCGGAUCCACAUGAGCCCGGGUCCAGAGCCCGGCGAGCAGAUCCUGUCGGCGGAGUUACCCGAGGAGAAGAAGGAGGAAGCGCCCUGAGCCUGCCCUGCGCGGGCCCAGCAGGCGUGCCCUGGCAGCCGCGUGCCCAAGGCGCCGACAGCCCAGGCGAGGGCGCUGUCCGCGGUAGUGGCCUCCGUUGCUCGCAGCCCCGCCAGGCCAGCAUGUUGCCCCGACUUUCCUCAAGUGUUCUUGUCGGUGAACUCACGCUGUCACUUGAGAACCCUACUCCCUUCUAGUUGUAUAAUUUUUUUGUUUUAAGUCUCUUUUUUAAAAGAAUUAUUUAUUCUA